GUCGCCCCGCCCGCGGCUGGCAGCGUCUCCGCUCCCCGGGGGGGGUGUCCCUAUGGCACCCCCCAGGGCCCCCAGCUCAGGAUCCUCCGCUCGGCCUCGGCGGGACGGCUGCCGGCCAAGAGGAAGCUGGACCUGGAGGGUCCCGAAUUUCGCACGCCCAAGGGGAAGGGCAGGACGCUGGCGCAGGUCCCCAGCCCCAGGACCCCCAAGUCUCCUGGGGAGAAGACUCGCUACGACACCUCGCUGGGGCUGCUCACCAAAAAAUUCAUCCGUUUGCUGAACGAGUCGCCCGAUGGUGUCGUGGAUCUCAACCGGGCGGCCGAGGUGCUGGAGGUCCAGAAACGGCGCAUCUACGACAUCACCAAUGUGCUGGAGGGCAUCCAGCUCAUCCGCAAGAAAUCCAAGAACAACAUCCAGUGGAUAUGGUGCUACAACCUCCAGCUCCACCUGAAGAGCAGCAAUGGCCCCAUCGAGGUGUACCUCUGCCUGGAGGAGAUCACGGAGGAGAGCCCCACCAAGGUCCACAGCGUCCCCUCUGCUGCCACCUCCCCACAGGACCACGCCGUAUCCCCUUCCCAGCAAAACAGCCCCGGACCAGCCAAACAGCCGCCCCACGCUGUUCCCGAAAGCUGGGGGGGCACAGGAACCCCCUCCUCACUCCCAUCUCUGCCUCUCACUGACACAGGGGGGCCCAGCUCGUUGCUGGAUGUGGAGGCCGGGCUCCUGGGCUCACCCCCGCACCUCCUGCAGCAGACGGAGGACCAGCUGCCCUGCACCCCCUCCCACCUGGACUCGGGACCCUUCGUCACCUUCUCUUCCCCCCUGGAACAGGAUGACUACCUCUGGGGGCUGGAGGGCGAGGGCAUCAGUGACCUCUUUGAAGCGUACGACCUGGGGGACCUGCUGAAGCACUGAGCCCCCCUGCCAUUGCCUUUUUCCCCUCUGGUGACUUGUGUCCCGAGUGUGUGGGGUCUCUGCAGGGCAGCUGGUGAGUGUGGGGCGGGGCGGGGAGUGUUGGAUUUUCUGAGGGUGGUGGUAGGGGCUCAUGUCAGCCAUGCUGGGUGGCUUCUUGCGCUCCUGGGUUGGUUGCCACCUGGGGGCUGUUUGUCCUGGGGAGGUGUAAGCCAUAAUCCCCCACUGCCCUGGGGCUGCUGGCAGACUGGGGCUGCCUUUGGGUGCACGGGGAGGGUUAGGGGCACCCCUGGGUGGCAGAGAAACCCCUGCCCAGAAUGGGCCCUGUUGGGGGGGGUGGCAUGUUUUGGGGCCACUCCAGUUGCUCCCCAGUUAGACUGGUUCUUCAGGGUCAUGACGGGUUUUGAGCGGCGUUUCCCCCGCCGCGGCUGGAAUAUCCUUAAAAAAAUAAUCAGGCACCUUUGGGUGAAGAGAGGAUAAAGCUCACGUGCGGGCACUGCACCCACAGCCUCCAAAAUCAGCGGCUCCGGCAAAUCCCUGUCCAGGACAUGGAGCCGUAUUUCCCAGGGGGCUGUGGCCCCUCUCCCCCAGCCCUUACCAUCUCCCUCCAGUCUCUCAGAGCUAUUGGUGCUGGGGGUUAUCAAAACUGGAGUGUACUGGGAGGAUGGAUGCAAUCAACUGGUGGCUGGAGCAUCACCUGCAGAGAGGGGCUUGGGAAGCAGUGUGGGACAAGCCCCCGGACAUGGGGCUGGAUACGGCUUUUAAUUGUGCCAUUGCAAAAUGUCUGUAAUUAUUGCACUGUAUUUAUACGGGACCCCCCCUUUCGGCAAGGGUCGGGUUGGUAUUUUGACUUUUAAGCGAGUGUAUUUAAGUUGCCCUUCCUUGGGUUGGUUCUUCUGCGGUUUGGCUUGGAGGCGGCGUGGGUGAGAGUGUGUUUUGGCAUGGAAAAA